AUGCUUGUAUUCUUAACUUUUGCUGAUAUUCAAUUUCCACCACAUACAUUCAACGGAACAGAUUACUAUAACUAUAAUGACAUAUUUAAAUUCCUUAGAGACACAUAUAACACAGACAACUUAACUUAUGUUGAUGCGGUAACUUUAACACCCUCUUCUACAUACAAUACAUUGGGAGUAGAAUAUAGAACAGUAUGCUCAGUAAUUGUUGGAAAUGUUACUGAAUCACCAGGCCGAUUUUUAACAGAAGAUGAACCUUGGAUUUUGAAACCUUACCUUCUUAUAGAUUUUCAUCAUACAAAAGUUAAAUUAACAUCAUAUACUAUUUUGGUUAAUGCCAUCCAUAAUCGAUACAUGCAAGGUUUUCGAAUUCUUGGGGAAGUCGAAACUGAAGUUUGGAAAGUUCUUGAUGAACAUAAAAAUGUAACACCAUUUCUUGAUUCAAAUGUUACAGAUCAAGGCGAUGUGAUCCCUAAUAAUAAAAGACUUUAUCGUUAA